UGAUUUUUUCCUUUCUUUUGUAUUGUUUAAAGCUAUAUAGAAGAUUGCGCCAAUUGGAAGUAGGGAAUGUAUGGAAGAAACGUUCCAUGCAUGGUCAAUUAGGCAGACUGGCUAAAGUGCCAGAUUUUGCUUCGACUGUGAUUACUCCUGGUUGUCGGUUAAUCUUAUGUCGCUUUAGUAAUGAAUGACGGUGUUAUGCCGUUGAUGAAUUUUGCGCGUUUGAGACGCGACAAGGAAGAGCGCACUGGCCUUUCACUGUAGCAGGUUUUCUGCAGACUUUCGGUGCAUUUUACUCCGACGCGCGGAAGUGGGGUUUCGAAUUUGUGUCCCCGGGUGAGGUAGAUUUUUGUUGUGUUGGAUUUUGGAUGGUUUAGAGUAGUCGGUCUGUGGGUGUUUGUGAUCAUUGAGCUGCAAGAAGGUGACGUGAGAACACGUAGGAGGACAGGCUUCUUUUCGGUUGCCCUAGGGCUGUUCACUUCGGAGCUUUUGGAACGGAUUUGCAGGUUUCCGGCCUCGUGCAAGAAGCUAAUCUUAUCAUUAUCUGCUUACCACUUAAGAUGCAUUGUUGAAAACGCACCUCUGAGGGGUUCGACGUGACAACCACAACACCUGGGAGGCUGCUGAAUGUGAAGUGAAUACUAGGAACAAGAAUUGUACAGGCAGAAUGAGAAGGAAAUGUCAGGUUCCAAAUUAGAAGCGAUAAAGGAAAUGACGCCACUUGUGCCACCAGAGUUGCGGCUUGAAUUGCAAGCCGCCACUCGUGCUGUUAAAUGGACCUACUCCGUCUUCUGGAAGCCAGCGUCCAGUAAUCAGAAAACUUUGGUCUGGGGUGAUGGCUACUAUAAUGGAACCAUCAAAACUCGAAAAACCAUCGGUGCCAAGGAGUUGACGCCUGAGGAGUUCGGCUUGCAGCGUUCGCAGCAGCUCCGUGAUCUCUACAACUCAUUGUCCGACAGUAAAACUGGGCAUCAGCAAGCUAGUAAGCCAUUCGCGUUGAAGCCCGAGGAUCUUGCAGAACAAGAGUGGUUCUUCCUCCUGUGCAUGUCCUGCAAUUUCGCUGAGGGUGUAGGGUUGGUAGGAAGAGCAGCAGCAGAUGGACGAUACGCGUGGCAAUGCAAAACCAAUGAAAUAUCCACCAAACUUUUUACACGGGCUCUUCUUGCCAAGAGUGCCUCCAUUCAGACGAUUUUCUGCUUUCCUUUGAUGGAUGGCGUUGUAGAGUUCGGAACAACAGAACAUGUACCAGAGGACUCGAAUAUAGUGCAACAUGUUUCGUCUUUUUUCAUGGAACGAAAAAGGCAUAGCCACCCACAGCAUUCCGUGACCACUGAGCAAAAGCACGAGCAUUCGAAGAACAGUCCUCAGCAAUCGGAAAAUGUGGUUCACUGUAACCAACUUGCAGAAUAUGGCGCAAGCUCGAAGAAGGCCAAGCUUUCCAGCUCUCAAAUGGCAGAGGUUGAGAAUGAAACAUCUAUGAACAGAGUAAAUAGCCUAUUGGAUCCGACUAGUCAGGAACAAAGGACAUAUACACACCUCUUUCAGCAAAACCAGGGCAGUGAUUCAAGGCUGUAUAAAGGAGAAAAUCGGGGGAAAAAUCAAUCGGGUGUUUUACCUGGGAGAGUAUUUAGUUCGUGGAAGAAAAACUCAACGCCUUCUCAGAAAUCGCAGAAGGCUGAAAAUCGGCAAAAGAUUCUGAAAGAGGCUUUGUUUCGUGUCACUCGCCUCUACGAUGGUGCGUGGAAGAAUAAAGUAGACAGCAGCUUUAUAUUUACUGACCGCGCUGUUGAGGAUAGGACCUCUAACUUGGGAUCUCAAAAACCAGUACCAAGCUCCGAAGAAACAUCCGCUAGCCAUGUACUAGCUGAGCGUCGAAGGCGGGAGAAACUGAACGACAGAUUCGUGGCAUUGCGUGAGCUCAUUCCUAAUGUUUCCAAGAUGGAUAAAGCAUCCAUUCUUGGAGUUGCUAUUGAAUACGUGAAGGAGCUUCAGAGCCAACUCAGAGCUUUGGAGAGUAACAACACGCAGGAUGGAACACCGAGACAAUUUGGAACAGCAAAUGAGGAUGCAACGAUCACCAAUACCACCAGAGAGCACUUGGAGUGUGCUGGUGUUGUGCACGUAAUAGACGAGGACAAGGCAGCAACGUCCGAAUGUACGAUUACUGAAGAAAGCUUCAAACCUGGGCACGUCAAUGUGCGGGUUUCUAUGAAUAACGAUGUAGCUAUUGUCAAGCUCCAUUGCCCUUACCGACAAACGCUGCUUGUCGACGUGCUGCAGUCACUCAAUGAUCUCGAGUUUGACGUAUGUGGUGUGAGGUCUUCCAUAUCAGAUGACAUUCUUUCUACUGUCUUGGAAGCUAAGCUGAGAAGUGCUUCUGAUGGCUCAAGUCCAACUAUCAUCGAGGUGGAAAAGACCUUGCAUCGAGCUGCUGCAGGACUCUUGAAAGAACGAGCCAGUGCUUCUUCACUUCAAUGAGACUUCCCGUUAGCAAAUGAAUGUUUACUUGAUUCCAAUUACGGCAUCAAUGAACUGUUUUUCUUUAUCAUAGGUAACGCUUUUCAAAUAUAAGUAUACCGUCCCGAAGAUUCAGGUGACGUCUGGCUUCCAACUACUUACGAAUAACAUAUUUGUAAAGACUUUUUAAAAUUUUCUGCCUAUUUAACAGGCGUGCUACUGCAGCUCUCACGUCCCUCCAUGAAGUGGAAGGUCACUUGAGUGAGAUUAGUAAAUACUAGGUGUGGAAAAUAUGCACAGAUUCCAAGUAUUUGACCUUACGGCAGAAAUGCCACCAGAAUGUUAGAAAAGGCAUUUAAGAAAAUGAAGCAAAAAUCUGAAUUAUAUUAACCUCUUGUUUAUACAAAACUCAGGUACAUUAAGACCCAA